AUGGUGAGGCCGAAGCCGCAGUGGAACUUCUCCUUGCGGUGGUUGAUGAGGAUGAUGAUGGUGAGGAUGACGAUGACGAUAACGGGGAUAACGAAGCUCAGGAUGAUGAAGAUGAUGAAGAUGAUGAAGAUGAAGAUGAGGAUGAUGAAGAUGAAGGUCUCAGCCGAUGGUGAGGCCGAAGCCGCAGUGGAACUUCUCCUUGCGGUGGUUGAUGAGGAUGAUGAUGGUGAGGAUGACGAUGUCAAUAACGAAGCUCGGGAUGAAGAUGAAGCUCAGGACGAAGAUGAAGAUGAUGAAGAUGAAGGUCAGGAUGAUGAAGAUGAAGAUGAGGAUGAUGAUGAUGAAGCUCAGCCGAUGGUGAGGCCGAAGCCGCAGUGGAACUUCUCCUUGCGGUGGUUGAUGAGGAUGAUGAUGGUGAGGAUGACGAUAACGGGGAUAACGAAGCUCGGGAUGAAGAUGAAGCUCGGGACGAAGAUGAAGGUGAUGAAGAUGAUGAAGAUGAAGGAUGAUGAUGGAUGA